CUCCGUUCUGAGUGAUGAGCUCUAACUUUCAAGCCCUAAAGAACGAAGGCUCCAGUCUCUGCUUUUUGUUCCCUGCCUAUAGGUUCUACUCUCCCUCUCCUUCCCUCCCUUCCCCCUCCUCUCUGCUUGCGAAAAUAUGGAGGGAAGGCGGUAUGGCAACGGACCAAUAUCGUCCUCACCGGAAGUCGCCUCCUCCGCCACGAGAUCUUUGCAGCCAAACUACAGCAGCAGAGCUGUUCGGGAAGCAUUUGAACACUUGGCGUCCAUCGAGCCAAUUGAGCUGUGCAAUGAGGCGAAAAUUGAACGCUGCCGGGCAGCUAGAGACUUGAGAAAUUGCGCACGCAAUGUACAGAAUGUGUUGAAUUCAUGUGGCCAUGCAUCCUUGUGCGAUGAGUGUAGCCAACGUUGCGAUCUUUGCCCAAUUUGUAGAGUCCCAAUACCAAAAGAUGGCCAUAGACUUCGCCGCCGCCUUUAUUCUGAGUGCGUGGAGGCUGGUCUUAUUUCCAAAAGAUGUGACGAGAGGUUUCGAGAAGUAGAAGAUGGGGAGAAUCAUGCUGAUGAUGUUCAGCGUCUUUACUCUUUCUUUGAUGUUGCGCUGGAGAAUAAUUUGGUUUCUUUAAUAUGUCACUAUAUCACAGAUGUUUGCAUGGAUGAAAGUGCUGUAUCCAGUGACCCUGUCACUGCAUUCCUGCUUGAUGAAGUUGUAGUGAAGGAUUGGUGCAAGCGAACAUUCCAGAAUAUAUUGAUAGAGCUUCAAGGAAUCUAUAAGCUUGAUCUGAAGGCGAUGAAAAGUAAGUUAAAUUUACUCCUCAAGCAUUCAGGACAGCUGAAUGGGAUAUCCAAUGUGCUAGAAGUUUUGGAUUCAUCCUUCAGGGAUGCUCUUUCACCACAGUUGCAUGACUUACACCAGCUUCAUGAGUGCCUCUUGAAGACAAAACAGCAUAUCGAGGCUGUGAUGUGGUGCAUAAGACAUGAAUUUUUGGAGAAUGUGAGGUCCCGUUAUAAUAGUUACGCCUCAUGGAGUUCUCUUGUCCGUGAAAGAAGAUCAGCAGCAAUAAAGCGUGCAUGGCCUGAUGCAGUAAAUCAAUCUGCAGAGACGAACAGACAGGAUGGCUCCCUGUUCAUUGAAGAUGCACUGCGAAACAUUGACAUAGAUGGUGGACAAACUCUUGAAAUGGAAGAUGGAUUGGACCUUUUGCCUCUGAAGAGAGAUGGACACUCAUCAAUCCUUGCAUCAACUCUGGCAGGCGUGUCAGGGUGCUACCCUUUUGAAAACCUACGGGCAGCGGUCGAUGUACUGUUCUUGUAUGGAAGUUCUGAUCUGGUGGUAGCUAAGCGAGCUAUACUUCUCUAUUACCUAUAUGAUCGCCAUUGGACUCUACCUGACGAAGAAUGGAGGGACAUCAUAGAUGAUUUUGCAGCAAGUUUUCGAAUAAACAGGCACUCCUUGCUAGAAUCUCUGAUAUUUUAUCUGCUGGAUGACCAUACUGUUGAAGCUCUGGAGGAAGCUUCUCGCCUUCUUCCAGAGAUCUCGAGCCCCUCUAUUCACCCAAAAAUUCCACAAGUUCUGUUGGAGAGGCAAAUGCCUGACAUUGCUCUCAUGGUUCUGCGCUGGUCUGGGCACGACAACGGAGUGCAGCUGCUAUCACUCUCAGAGGCUGUCACAGCUAUUCGGGUUAGGGUGGAAUGUGGGCUUUUGACUGAAGCAUUUACUCACCAGAGGAUGCUUUAUGCUAAAGUCAGGGAAAAGAAGCUUAGGCACGUACCAUGUGCUGAUCCUUCUGAGGAUGUGAAAGGUGAAUGUAGGACGUGGGUGGAAUGGAUGGAAAUUCUUGUGACUGAAAUGUGUUGUCUUUGCAUUAGAAGGAAGUUGGUUGACCGAAUGAUAGAGUUGCCUUGGAACUCUGAUGAGGAAAAGUAUAUCCAUAAAUGUCUUCUCGAUUACGCUAGAGAUGAUCCCUCAACAAUCAUUGGGAGCCUUCUCGUUGUUUUCUAUCUUCAGCGUUACAGAUACUUCGAGGCAUACAAAGUUGAUCGUGAGCUUCAACGUGGAGAGGAGGACUUUAAAUCGAAUACUGAUGUUAGCGAAGAAGUUUUAUCUAGAAUGCAAGCAGCGAGUAAAUGGAGGGCGACACUAAUAGACAAGGGCCUGGAGUUGCUACCUCAAGUACAGCAGCAGCAAAUAAAGAGUGGAAAGUUCCCUGAGACCGGUAUUUCUUCUGCUACACAAGCUGAGGUGCCUGAAAUAUCUUCUCAGGAGCAAAGGCUGAAUCAUACCAGUUGCAUGAUUCCCUCCUCAUCCUCGACCGAUGCUCCUCUUAUUCUGGGCAAGGCGAGCACUGGUCUUUUGUCAGAUUCAUUGGCUUUUGAAGCUCCUGGAAAAUCCAAUUUGCCAUCAGUUUCCCGGGAAUGGUCAUUUACAAAUGCAGUAAGAGGGUUGAAACCUGAAGUUGGGAUUGCGAAAAGCUUCAAGUACGACGAGAUCUCAACUCCUGGAACUAAUUAUACUAGGGGGGCCUUGCCUUUAAAUAGGAUCACCAGGAGCCCGUCAACAUUUCUUCAAAAUAGCCACCAACGAGAAAGUUCACCUAAUCAUAAGUCUCCAGAAUUGGAACAAAAUGGAUUCCUUAACCAGUUUCACCGUACUAGUCCCCUAUAUCCCCAGAAGACCAGUACAACUGGUAAUCCGCUAACUACACCUAGAAGCAAUCGUCAAAUGCUCGGCAAUUCUACUUUUCAGUUGCACAAGAACAUAUCGGGUAAAAGGGUCCACUCAGAUACAAACAGUAAGCCCUGGGAUGUGGAUUCCUUGGAAGAUCCGAUGGACGUCUCUUGGAGCGGAGUGAAGGCAUUUGCAGUUGAAGACCCAAAUCUUCCUGCAGCACCAAGAUGGAGAUCUGAUGAGACAAGUGAUGAGGAGGAGGGUGCUUUUCUGGAGAGAUCUGCUCGGGGAGCUCCUUAUGCAACUCCAGCAGUGAGGGGAGUUCGAAGAAGCAGAUUCAUGAUCAGAUAAAAGAAAGACUGGAUCUGUCCAAAUUUCUCAGCGAAAAUCAAACCACAAGAUCCUUGACUGGAAAGAUGGAGACUACUAAUAGCAUCCGAGUGAAAAGCAGCAGUGAACUCUUGUACCCGAAAUAUACAAUUAUACAUGCGGCAGUGAAGUUCUAGUGCUCAAAGGGGAUCAGUAGAGGAAGCAAUCCUUUGAAUAUUUUCAUGUAGCUGCUUGUUUUCGAGGAAUGUCCGGUAGUUUGCGGUGAGGCUGACAUUGUAAUUUUUGAUUCACUUACAGCGUGAGUUUAUGAAAGAACCGUUGAUGUCGAUGAGGACUGGCCAGAUUUUUCCAGCGUCAUUUUAAGCGCGAAUGUAUGUGUUCUUAACUGCAAUAAUCCGAAGUUAGUUUAUUCUCGGAA